GCUCCACGGAUACCAAACACACCCAAGAUGAAAGUGUUCGCUCUGACUCUGCUCGGCCUUUUGGCUUUGGCGCAGGCGCGCAUCGAUUACAAGCUGCAGUGCACCCGGGAUGAGGUGGGCAUACGCUGGCCCAGCUAUUACAGCAACUCCGAGUACUAUGUCUGCCAGAGCGUCUACGGCAGCCAGCUGACUGUGCAUUGUCCCGCCGGUCAGGUCUUCACAUUUGUGCUGCAGCAGUGUGCCGCCCCAGCUCUGUAUGUGCCCGCUCCGCCCAUGGAUGUGCUGCCGACGGCGGCACCCAUAACGACGCACCUGGUCGACGAGGCGCCGCCCGUGCUUGCGUCCGUUGGCGGCGUGCAGCCCAUUCAUGCCCAUGAGCCCGCCCAGGAGCAGGUUGUGCAUGCGCUGCCGCUGGAUCCCACACCGCCCACACCGCCCACGGAGCCACCAACGCCGCCCACCGUGGCCGUCGAGGCGCCCAAGCCCGGCAAGAAACCGGCCGCACCGCAGCCGCCAAAGACCGCCGCGCCCAAGAAGCCCGCCGCCAAGAAGCCAGCGGCCCCGGCUCCGCCCAAGGCGGCCAAGAAGCCAACGCCGCCCAGCAAGGCACAGAAGAAGCCCCCAACUCAAAGCUCGGCUUAAAGAGGCGCCGCCUUUGCAGCUCCAGUUCCAUUCCCGGAGAUUUAACAACUAAAAUUAAUGUUCAACAAGCGGAAUUUCAUUCAAAACUCUAAAUAACACCCAAAUAAAUAUCUUUACUGCAA